AUGGCGGCUGGGGUUACGGUGGCCGUGGUUGCUACCCACAAGGCGGAUAUGGUGGCUUGGGCUAUGGUGGGUACGGAUAUGGCGGCUGCGGUUAUGGGGGCCUCUAUGGCCGUGGCUCUAGCUGCUAUCAGCCAUGCUAUGGCUACGGAUCCAGGCGUGGAAGCUUCUCUUACCCCAUCGUCCGAAGGAACAGCAUCUGUGGACCCUGCGGACCCUGCGGACCCUGCUAAGCCCUGGAGAGGACCUUCUAGUGGAACGUGA